AAAAAGCGAGAAAGGUUUGCAUGAAAAUCGCUCAUUUAACUUGUAUCCUCCGCCAACAUCAGCCUUCUUGCUACCUUCCGUUGUUGCAUUUGUUAGUUACCCUAUUCUAACACUCGUCUCACCACCAUGGUGUCAUAUCGAAGAGGAUGGUUCUUGCUGUUUGCGCUCUCACAAUGUCAUUCGGUUGCAACAGAAUCUCCACAACGGCUCCGAGUGAAAGGGACGGCUGAUGUUCCUCCCAAGCAAAAAAAUGCCCGAGAUAAGCUUGUGCAAGUCGAAAAUAUUCAAAAAGACGAUGGCAAAAACACGCCUGCUAGCCACAAUCUACGAAGGUUAGAGAGUCGUAUACAACAGGAGACCGAACGAAAGACGCUGCAAUUGGAAGAUGAAUUAAUGUUUGAGCUGUUCUUUCCACAAGGAGAAGGAAGCUACGACACGUUACCAGCCGAGACAGCCGCUCCAGUGCCACAGACACCAAACCCAAAGCCAUAUCGCACGCCGGCUCCAGCGACUUCGAAUCCUCCCUUCAGCACACCACCAAUGGCCUCGCCGACAACUCCAGCAAAUUUGCCCCCAAUGGCCUCUCCAACAAUUCCAGCAAGUGCCGGUACGCCAAGACCCACAUCAAAGCCGACUUCAGAGCCCACUGAAAGACCAACAACACCAAUACCAACUUCAAAUCCAACUGAAAGGCCGACGACUCCAAAGCCUACGCCAAGUCCAACGAAAGCGCCAGCAACACCAAAACCUACCCCACGUCCAACGAAAGCGCCAACACCCAAUCCACCUGAUCCGACACCUCCACCAACACCUGAACCAGUGCCUUCUACUCCCAAACCAACCAAGGCACCUACGGCUCCAGUUCCUCCUCCCACGGCAUCUCCUCCAUUGCGUUGUGGUUGUGCCGAUUGUACGAAUGAACGCUGGAACACCCUUGCCGGCGGAUUUAGCUGUGGAGAGCGGAUUGUUUUUGUCAUUGGUAUGGGAUCCACGGAAGAAGCAGCUUGUCGACUCGUGGCCGGAUCUGAGUGGCCCGACACUUGUGGACCGUUUUGCGAUCCGGAUCGAUGUGAUGAAAAUGGCAGGACCGAUACCAGCGCACCCAUUCUGCCAGCUGCACCCGCACCCACACCACCUGCGCCAACACCCACAACGCCGGCAGCAUCUCCCACAACACCGGCAGAAGCACCACAGACGUACUGUGGAUGUGAUGAAUGUACAGAGGAAAUUUGGAACACCAUGGUCGGACUCUUCACUUGUGGAGAGCUCAUUGAGAGCGUCAUGAGUGUACCAAGGCAGCAAGCAUGCGGGCUCAUUGCAGGCAUCAACUCGGAGUUCUCGGGGUACUGCUAUCCCUGUGAUCCUGCCCGGUGCGAUGGCAAGGUGCCGCCGACACCCAGCCCAAGUCUUCCGGCUCCCGUCCCAGCAAGUCCUGCCCCAACACCGGCCCCAACACUGAUAAACCCCAUGCCGGGACCAACUCGUUGCGGAUGCCCUGCAUGUGGUGGUGCCACUCUGGAUCAACUCGCCGGAGACUUUACCUGCUUGGCGCGCAUUGAUUUUUUGAUGUCCACAGGACAAUCUGAAGAAGAUGCCUGCCGCUUGGUUGCUGGAUCAGAGUUUGGCGAUGUCUGUGGACCAAACUGCGACCCUGAUCGAUGCGAAGGAUACAUUCCCGUGACUCUAGAAUCCUUGGAGCCAACCAUCACACCUUUUCCCACUCCAGCGCCAAAAUGUGGGUGUGAUGACUGUGCUCAAGCUUGGGGUCUCCUUGCUGGCGACUCCACCUGUGGAGAACGAAUCCAAUACUUGAUGGAUGCUGGAAGUCCCGAAGAAGAGGCUUGCCGACUAGUUGCGAGCGUGGAAUUCCCAUUCAUCUGCGGGCCAUCAUGCGACCCUGAUCGAUGCGAUGACAAUAAUCCUGCGUUGGAGCCACGUACGCCGUUGUAUUGCUUCCCUCCCUAUGAUGAACGACAACGAUACGAAAACGUCUGGGGCAACUACAUUGUCGAAGUCAAGGAAGACGACUCUUUGGGAGUAUGUGAUCCAUCCUUCAACAGGUUCACCAGUGAAAUGGUCGAAGUAAAUGGAGACGAAUUGACCUUGCGUUUCAAGAAGAAUGGUGACAUGUGGGAAGCGGGGGAAGUCCGGAUUGUCAUGCCGGAAGAGGAAAUGCCCUUUGAUUAUGGAACUUAUUCCUGGAAUGUCAAGAGCAUCGAGCUCAAGAACGUUGACACGGGUGUUGUACGACAAGACUUUUUGCCGCCCAACAUGGUCUUUGGCAUGUUCACGUGGGAUGCCACCGAAGACUUUUCCAUUCGAGAGAAUUAUUCACAUGAAGUGGAUAUUGAGCUCGGUCGAUUCGAGGACGCUGAUUCUCCCAAUGAUGCCCAUUUCAUAAUGCAACCAGCAAUCGAUUCCAACAUGUACAGCUUUAGCACAGCCCUUGACGAUGGGACCUUCCAGCAGGCUCCACACAGCUACUCAUUCACUUGGAACCCCGGUGCCAUCACUUGGGAGACCACUGCUGGUGGCGGUGUGGAUCACUUUUAUACUACAGAGCAAGCAGUAGUCAUGGACGAGGAAGACUACAUCCAAUGUCUACCGGCCGAUGUCGAAGUUCGCAUCAAUCUUUGGAGUUUAGGAGGUGCUCUUGCGGCUCCAAUGGAAAUGGCCGACGAUGAAAUGAUUGAAGUUGUGGUGGAUAACUUCAGCUUCACACCAACUGGUCGAACAGGAAUUCCAGAUGGAGGCUUCUGCUCCAAGGAUUGUCAAUGUCAGGGAGGUUCUGAAUGUAGCCUGGUUACCAGUGUUUGUACGCCCAUGACGGUGUCUUAGCUGCUUGGCUGGACAGGCACGGCACUGUUCAUGAGGAGGCAAUAUGCAAUGAAGCUGAUUCAGGUUUGGAAGCCUAGUAGCUAGCUAUUUGCCAAGGGGGAAGCCACAUGAGCAAACACAAGCAAACAAGUUGCAGCCGCUAUUUCUUGGCUGAUGUUUAUUCAAGAUACAUAGAUACUCAAAGUAAAGUAGUGAUGAUACAUUACACUUCUUCUUUCUACG